AUGGACUAUGUAUCAUUUAUUCCAAGUGUGACUACUUAUCCUUGGAUCUUUCUAUUCGUGUAUGAUUAUUGGGUAUUAUUAUUUAUUUGUAAAUUUGUAUGGAAAUGUAAGCGAUCGCUCCAGUUAAGCUUUUAUAAUAAAAAUUUAUCAUCAAAUCAUUUGGAUAUUGGUGUUGGUAGUGGGUGGUAUUUAAAACACUGUAUGUUACCUUCGAAUAUUUAUAGAAUCGCUCUGGCUGAUCUCCACAUAUCGCCGUUGAAAUUUGCAACGAAUAGAUUAUUGAGUCGGUUCGAUAACAGCACAAAAAUGCCAAAGAUCGAAUUAAUACAAAAGAAUAUACUUAGUGAAGAUACUGCAUCGGACCAGUUAAAUAAAUUUGAUAGUAUAUCAAUGUUUUUUCUAUUGCAUUGCAUUCCAGGUUCAAUGAAAGAAAAAGCAAAUAUCGUGUUUCCGAAACUAAAAGAACUUUUAACCGAAAGUGGUGUUAUCUAUGGAACAACGGUCUUAGGAAAUAUAAUUAAGAAGGAAAACAACGCACCAUCGUUAGCUUAUAGACUCUGUACUUAUUUAAAUAACAAUGGUAUAAUGUGUAAUUGGAAUGAUGACAUAGACUCACUAAAACAAGCGGCUAUAUCAGCAGGUUUCCACAUUGAUGUUACAAUUAUAGGAUAUACUGCUAUGUUUGAAUUAAGACGUAGUGAUGUUGAGAACGAGUAA